AUGCCGCUGGCGGGUUGGAUUUCUGGAAUGAGAUCUUUGAAGCCUUUUACAUAUCCAGUGUCAGAGACAAGAUUUCUUCAUGCUGGAAUGAAUGUGUAUAAAUUUAAGAUCAGAUAUGGCAACACUGUUAGGUAAGCAGGACAAUUAAUACAGGUAAAAGAUGUUGUCAACGAAGAACUGCAGAAUGCUAUUCAAGUAAUACUGGGAAAUCUUGAUAAUUUGUGCCCAUUUACCACUGAACACUUCACCAUAUUUCCAUAUUUAAACCAAUGGGAAAGAAUGUCAGACUUGAGAUUCAGGCAUGGCAAUGUAUUUCUUAUUCCUUAUCCAUGUGUCUGCACUAUGUAUGUUGAAUUAAAUUCAUGGAAACAAAAUGCAUUUGGAGGGAAGGCGCUCUGCAGCCAUGGCAGAAAGAAGAAGGGGCGGUGCUGGGUGAGCGAGGCCUGCCUCGAAAAGCGCCUCCCGCCUGCCCUACGCCUGGCCCAGCAAGGCUGA